GAAUGGUGGUUUUUAUGGGUUUUCGGCGAACUCUCGGAGGGAGAGAGAGAGAGAGCGAUUAGAAAUGGAAAAGAGGUUAGGUUUCGUCCAAAUUAGAGAUUUCUUGGUGGAAAAUUAGAUUGCGUGCAUGAAGCGAAUUUUGAAUUAGAUUGGUUUUCUCGGAAUCCGGCGUUCUCUUCGAUGCCGUACUUGGCCGGAAUUAUUUUAUUUCGCGGCGAUCUCCCCCCAGGGCGAGAAUAUUGACGUAUUGGAUGCAGUUCUCCGAACAAAUCUUUCUACCGGAGCACAGAUUAAUGGAGCAACUGAACCUGCGUAUGGUGUGUGUCUGCAUUUUUGCAUCUGAAGAAGGGUCGUGAAUACAGUGAUGUUGUUUCUUACAGUUUGCUGAGCUUCUUGAGGACAUGAAUCUCUGAGAUAUGGUGUUUAAGAAGAGGUUGGAAUGCAGUUUCAAUGGUUACCAGGUUCCUGCAAUGCCCCGAAUACCAAAAUCAGCCAAGGGAAAGCGUUCAGUUAGAAGGAAGGUGGUGGAUAACCGAAUGUGUGCAUUUGACUUGCUCAUAGCUGUAGCAGGGAAGGUACUAGAGAGAGAUAAUUCUUCGACUGUGAAUGGCAUAGUUGGAAACUAUAACCAGAAUGUUAAGCAAGAGCAACUAGAUGAAGAAAAGUUUUGCAAAGAUGAACCUUUUGAUCAAGUAAGCUGUAAUGAAAGUACAUCUGGUUCUGAACUUCCCAUCCAGAGGCAAAUCACCCAGACUUUGAAGGAACAUUCACAAAGUCCAAAUGCAACAACUUCCGGACCUACUUCUGCCAUUCUAAAAUCUGAUAUAUUGAACAAGGAUACCUGUACUGGGGAUUUUAUAGCUAAUGGCAGCAAAGAAGAAUUUGGAUAUUCUCUUGGCACAACUGCCAAGAAAUGUUGCACCAAAAGUCAUUCUCCUGGUUCUGCAGAAUCUUGUGAAGCUGAAAUGGUGGAUGACAUAAAGACGCCAUUCCUAGCUGAGCAGCAUGAAGCUGAAACUGGAGUGUGUAAAAACAUCCAGCACGCUUGGAGUUUGGACAAUCCAAUGGAGCGAGAUGCUAAACCCCCUGCUUUGUCUAGCUCAGACAGCAGUAUCGAGAUGCCCCUGCAUGGGCAUCAGAUUCCUCGUAUUAGUUCCUAUCCCAUUUGCCAGGAUAAUAUGGAACUAGCUGUAAAUAGAGAUGAUGACGAAAACUCUUCUGGGUGCACUAAUCCUAGCACCACAACUUAUACGGCCUUGAAGCCUCAAUAUCAUAAAAUAAGAAAGGUGUUUUCUAGAACUGAAAUGAAGCCUGCUUCUCACAGUAGGAAAAUUUGUUACACACGCCGAAGGACUCAGAGGCCUUCAUUUAAGACGGGAAAGGUGUUUGAGCACUGCUCGAUAUCACCAUCUGAUGGUGGAAUUAGUAGCAAAGGCUUUUGUAACUCAUUUGAAAAAGAAAUGAACUAUAUAACAAACAAUUCACAUGCUGCUCUGCAUGGAGAAAAUGGGACAUCAUCUUCUGCUACUGGUCAAAUAGCAUUGCAUAAAUCUGAAGAUUUCCAUGCAGUGAAACUCAGUAUCAAAUCAUUCAAGGUGCCAGAACUUUUCAUAGAGAUUCCGGAAACUGCUACUGUUGGUUCGCUUAAGAGGACAGUCAUGGAGGCUGUGACAGCUAUUCUUGGAGGUGGAUUGCAUGUGGGAGUUCUACUGCAAGGAAAGGAGGUUAGAGAUGAUAACGAAACCCUACUCCAAGCUGGAAUAUCUCAUGUUGAUAAGAUGGACAAUUUGGGCUUUAUGCUGGAGCCCAAUUCUACAGGAGCUUCAUCAGUCACAAGCCCUGAAUACCCACAUUCUCUUCUUCCCUAUAAUGCUACUGAACCAUUAGCCAGGCUUCCAGCUGUUUCUCCUGCACCAGUUCCAGAGAUAUUUAAUGCCAGUCCGGAGCCUUGGCCGAACUCUGCAGUGAAUUUGCCUGAGAGUGACCAUGAUUCAGUUUACUCUCCUACAGAAACUAAAUUACUGAAUAAGGCAGCAGUAGCAACACCAACAGCAGCAACAGCAACAACAUCAAAUUCACGUGCUCUAGUUGCUGUCCCAGCCAUGAGCAUUGAGGCCUUGUCCAUGGUUCCAUUGCAUCAACCAAGACUGUCUGAGCUUACUCAACGUAGGAUUAGGAGGCCAUUUUCUGUCUCUGAAGUCGAAGCACUAGUCCACGCAGUUGAAAAGCUUGGAACUGGAAGGUGGCGAGAUGUCAAACUUCAAGCUUUUGACAAUGCUAAGCAUCGGACUUAUGUAGAUCUGAAGGAUAAAUGGAAGACAUUGGUGCACACUGCAAGAAUAUCUCCUCAGCAAAGGAGGGGGGAGCCGGUUCCUCAAGAGCUUCUGGACCGGGUUCUGGCCAUACAUGCCUUUUGGUCGCAACAGCAUGCCUUGCUCCAGGUCAAACCACCUCUCCCUGAGGCCUGCAUGCUAGUCUAGAUCUCUUCUUUCCAUCUAUGACGGUGGGGGAGCCAAAAGACAAACUGUUUCUUGUAAAGACAUGAUAGAAGAAAAGGGAAAAGGUAACAAUAACAAUAUUCAGGAGCUCUUGUAUUAUUCUCUAUGUCGCAUGUAUCAUUCUUAAGCUAGGGUUUCAUCUCCUUGUGAAUUCCAUAAAGGAGAGGGCUAAUUAGGCGCCUGUACAUGAUGAUGAUGAUGAUGAUGAAGAUCCAGGAACCAAGGAAAUAAGACUGGUCUUGCCAGCAGUAUUGAUUCUCAUGCUGUUGACCCGUUUUGGGUGCAUUCUGAUUCCGACAACAUAAUCUUCUCUGAUUUGACUCCAUUCAUUCUUUUAAGAGCAGGUUGUUGUGUUAUGUUAGAACAAUAAUGGAGGGAAUAUGAACAAAAGGAUUAAGAAAUGUUUUUCAAGUUCGUAUUCGUGGAUCCAUCGAUCAUUGUUUCCGACUGUAUUCUUUUCACCCCCUUGGAUUUUGCUACUUUUUAUCUUCUAUAGUCUUUUCUGUGUAUCUUGUUUUCCAUUCACCUAACGUUUACAUUGUAUGUAUCUAAUGAUUAUAAUGGAUCUGUUUGUGCUUUCAAA